GAAGACUGUUCAUUCUCCAUUUGGGAAAAUCGCAGAGUGCUCGACGGGAGCUGGAUUUGGGAGGACGGAGCGGGAGAUCGAUCGACGGAGCAUCCAUCCAUCCAUCCAUCCAUCCAUGGCCAAGAAGGCUGGUGCGGAGAGGGCUGCGGCGGCGGAGAGCUGCGCCCGAAAGAAGGCUAGGGUCGAGUCCGAGGCCAGGGCUGCUGCGUCGAAGAUCACCGUCAACUUAGACCACAAGUUGCUGGAGUGCUCCGCGUGCUGCAGCCCAUUGGCUCCACCCCUUUUCCAGUGCACAAAUGGCCAUAUCGCAUGCUCAGAGUGCCGCACCAAUGCGGAGUACAGUUGCAGCUUGUGUGCCGAGCCCGCCAACACCCGCUGCGACAUCAUGGAGCGCGUACUUGGCGGCAUGACCGUGCCGUGCUCGUUCCGGGAGUUCGGCUGCUCCGCGACGAUCCCGUUCACAAAGAAGCUGACCCAUGAAGAAUCCUGCCUCCAUGCCCCGUGCCACUGCCCUAUACCCUACUGCCGCCUCUAUGCCAACAGUGGUCGGUCCCUGCGUGAGCACAUCGAGACGAAGCACUGCUUGGUUCCAUACGGCGAUGCCAGAGCUGGCAGCCUUUCCCCCGUGAGGGUGUGCGACAGUGAGCCUGUGCGCCUGGUGUUCCUGGACGCCAGGGCGGUGUUCCUGCUGGUGGUCGAGCGGAGCGGGCCAUCGGGGCGUGCCGUGUCGGUGGUCCAGCUCGUCAGCGAGCCGGUCAAGGAGGAGGAGAAGGAUUUCAAGUAUAAGAUCCAGGUGCAUACGCGAGCAGGCGUCCUCUCUCUGUCCGGCGAGACGCAGAGCGUCGGGCGGCUGAUGAGGCCUUACCAGGCAGCCGCGUCGCUGUUCGUCUCCGAUGACGUGUGGUCUCCCCGGGAUUCUCCCGUGUACCUCGAGCUGGAAUGAGUCUAGACAAGCUGCAUGCCGUUCAGUUGACAAACCUACCCCAUCUGGUAGGAGAAUUCAGAGACUCCAUUAUGUUUGUGCUCUUGUCAGUUGUGCCCUUCUGGUUGCUGGCACUAUCUUAUCUCUGUUGUUUUUCGAAGUUUGGUGAUAGGAUCACAAUUUAUGGUAUGAGGUUAAUUAAGCUGAAGACAUUUGUAUGGCCAAGCACAUUCAGGUGUGAUUUUGGGUAUACUAGCAUCAUAGUCAAUCGCAUAGAAUAGA